AUGGUGUUUACGCAGGAAUCACUACCGGUGAUCAAGGAUGUAGAGUUGGGUGGAACCAUCGGCGAGGGAUCCUUCGGUUGUGUGCGUAGUGCAAGGUUGAAGUUUGAUUCCAGUGUGGUUGUUGCUGUGAAGUUUGUGCAUUUACCUACUUGUGCAGAGUCCGGUUUGUCGCAGAAGGACGUCUCUCGAGAAGUUGUCUUGCAUUCUAAAUGCUCUAAGCAUGCAAAUGUACUGAGGGUUAUUGACUGCAAUGUUGGCGGUGAAUAUUUAUGGAUAAUGCUAGAGAUGGCUGAUGGGGGUGAUUUGUUUGAUAAGAUUGAGCCCGAUGUCGGUGUAGAUCCCGAUGUAGCCCAAUUCUACUUCCAACAAUUGAUAAGGGCUCUGAACUAUCUACACGAUGUUGGUGUUGCACAUAGAGAUAUUAAGCCAGAGAAUAUUUUGCUAGACAAAAAGGGUAACUUAAAAUUAGCUGAUUUCGGAUUAGCUUCUCAGUUCAGGAGGAAAGAUGGAACUUUAAGGGUGUCAACAGAUCAGCGAGGUUCACCUCCGUAUAUGGCACCCGAAAUCCUUAGCAGCCAAGGCUACUAUGCUAACAUUACAGAUAUCUGGUCUGCUGGGGUUCUACUGUUUGUGUUACUUACAGGUGAGAUUCCAUGGAGUAUUCCCGCGAAGGAGGACGAUAAUUAUGAAUGGUUUGUUAACAAUGAGGGUAAAGUCAGUCUUGGCCCUUGGGAGCGAGUAGAGCUACGACAGAUGAAUCUGCUGAGGAAAAUUCUACAGCCUGAUCCCAGAAAGCGAGUGUCUUUGGAAAAGCUUCGACACCACCCUUGGUUAACUUCCAGAUCAAAGCUAGCGAACUCUGAAGGAUUAUGUAACAACCCAGAUGUCUUAGCUAAGAAACUACUAGGCAAAUUGAGAGUGUCACUGAGUAAUGAAACGUAUAAUAAAUUUACACAAGAUAAUACUUUGUUUGAAACAGGCCCGAUGAAAUUUAGAGCAACACAACCAGUGGAAGGAGAUAUUGCUCAUUUAGAGCAUGACUCGAUGAGAACAUUAGAUGAUAAACUAACAGAAAAGGCAUUCACUCAGGUAAUCACAGAUAAAACAAGCGAAACUACAAGCAACUGGGAUAAUAGGAUAAAUAGAUGGACGCAAUAUAUGAACAAAGAGCAAGCUGUAUACCAAUUCAUUGAUGAUGAUCACCCCUCACAGCACAUUAACCAGACUUUAAGAUUCUCUCCUAACAAACUAACGAAGUUCUUUACAGUACAAGAUAUGGAUAUUGUGCUACCGACUUUAGAAGAUGCACUGAUAUACUCUGGUAUUAGAAUAAGAGAUCACCUUAUCGAUGUAUAUGAAAGACUUUGCAAGAGCAUGAGUGAUCCCAAAGUUUUCCCGUUGAUAAUUAAUAUCAAGAGCACAGAUAGAAGAGGUGGUAUUCUAACAGGUUCAGUUACGAUAGAUGAGAUUGAAGAUAAAUUUAGAUGUAUCAAUUUUGAGAAACGUACUGGUGACCCAUUAGAAUGGAGACGGUUGUUCAAACGCAUAGCAGUCCUAUGCAGAGACAUAAUUUUGAUCCCCAAUUAA